AUGCUGCUCCCAGCUGACACCAUUGGAUUGGUCUUCGACCUUGUGGGACAAAUUAACGGGAAAACCCCCGUGCCUCGGCUCCUUCACUGCUGCGGGCGCGGGUUCCCCUCAGGGCUUUGGGGUUCAGCCUCGCGGGUUUCGCUCCGAGCCCCGCGCGUUCCCCUCAGCGGUUUCGGGUUUGGGCUGCUGAGGGCGCGGUCCCGCCCCCGGGCCCUGUCCCGGCUGUGCUGUGCCCUUAACGCUCCGCUCCAGAACCUGAUCUUCCGCUACCUGCAGAACAGAUCCAGGAUCCAGGUGUGGCUCUAUGAGCAGGUGAACAUGAGGAUAGAAGGCUGCAUCAUCGGCUUUGAUGAGUACAUGAACCUGGUGCUGGAUGAUGCUGAGGAGAUUCACUCCAAAACCAAGUCCAGGAAGCAGCUGGGUCGGAUCAUGCUGAAGGGAGACAACAUCACCCUCCUGCAGAGUGUCUCCAACUAAAAUGUGGAAAAAUGGGGGAAAAUGGGGGGUUGGGAGCUCUGGAAAACCAGGAUGAGCCGGAGCUGGAGAUCCCAACCUUCCCUUGGGAAUUGUGUUUUGUAGUUUGGGGUUUUCUUGGGGAAAUAAAAAUGGGGUU